CUGGUGCGGAGACGCCUGGGCCUCUGGAGGCCUGGCGGCCUGGGCCACCCGCUGGAGGCCGGUCCAGCUGUCCUGCUGACCCCGAUGUGGACUGGUCCCACUAGAGAAGCCCAGGCAGGCCCAUCGCGGACGGACACAAACCUUCCCCAAUCUCCCUCUGAUUUGGGAGCUGCACUUAGGGCCGGAGCUGGUAGGAAACCAACUGUUUUCUCUUUAAUAGGCUUGAGGUGAGAGCCGUCCAGGACAGCAGGCUCCAUGGCGUCCUGCAAGAGCCACCGGUGGCUGCUGAUCUGCGCGGUCUCCGUGCUCACUGCUCUCCGUCAGGCCGAGGCAGAGACGUCUCCGGGAGCCUACUUCCUGCCCGAGUUCGCACUCUCCCCACAGGGGAGUUUUCUGGAAGAUACCACAGGGGAGCGGUUUCUCACCUAUCGCUACGACGACCAGACCUCGAGAAACACCCGGGCGGAUGAAGACAAAGACGGAAACUGGGACGCCUGGGGUGACUGGAGUGACUGCUCGCGGACCUGCGGCGGGGGUGCGUCCUACUCCCUGCGGCGGUGCCUGACUGGGCGGAAUUGUGAAGGGCAGAAUAUUCGAUACAGGACAUGCAGCAAUCACGACUGUCCCCCCGAUGCCGAGGACUUCCGGGCUCAGCAGUGCUCGGCCUACAAUGACGUCCAGUAUCAGGGCCACUACUACGAGUGGCUCCCACGCUACAACGACCCCGCUGCCCCCUGCGCACUCAGGUGCCACGCACGGGGGCAAAAUGUGGUCGUGGAGCUGGCUCCUAAGGUGCUGGAUGGAACGCGCUGCCACACGGACUCGCUGGAUAUGUGCAUCAGUGGCAUUUGCCAGGCGGUGGGCUGCGACCGGCACCUGGGGAGUCACGCCAAGGAGGACAACUGCGGCGUCUGCGCUGGCGACGGCUCCACCUGCAGGCUGGUGCGGGGACAGUCCAAGGCACACGUGUCUCCUGAGAAAAGGGAAGAAAGUGUGAUUGCUGUUCCUUUGGGGAGUCGGACUGUGAGGAUCACAGUGAAAGGACCCGCCCAUCUCUUUAUUGAAUCCAAGACGCUCCAGGGACACAAAGGGGAGCACAGCUUUAGCAGCCCUGGCGUGUUCGUUGUGGAGAACACCACCGUCGAGUUCCAGAAGAGCUCCGAGAGGCAGACCUUUAAGAUCCCUGGGCCCCUGACGGCCGACUUCAUCUUCAAGACCAGGUACACGGCGGCCAAGGACAGCGUGGUCCAGUUCUUCUUCUAUCAGCCCAUCAGCCACCAGUGGGGACAGACCGACUUCUUUCCCUGCACUGUCACCUGCGGAGGAGGUUAUCAGCUCAACUCGGCCGAGUGUGUGGACACCCGCCUGAAGAGGGUGGUCCCCGACCACUACUGCCACUACUACCCAGAGAACGUGAAACCGAAGCCCAAGCUGAAAGAGUGCAACAUGGACCCUUGCCCGUCCAGCGACGGGUUUAAAGAGAUCAUGCCCUACGACCACUUCCAGCCUCUCCCUCGCUGGGAACAUAACCCCUGGACGGCGUGCUCAGUGUCCUGCGGCGGGGGCACGCAGCGGCGCAGCUUCGUCUGCGUGGAGGAGUCCUUGCACGGAGAGGUGCUGCAGGUGGAGGAGUGGAAGUGCAUGUACGCCCCCAAGCCCAAGGUCAUGCAGACCUGCAACCUCUUCGACUGCCCCAAGUGGGUGGCCAUGGACUGGUCGCAGUGCACGGUGACCUGCGGCCGGGGACUGCGGUACCGGGUGGUGCUGUGCAUCGACCACCGUGGCCAGCACGUGGGCGGCUGCAACCCGCAGCUGAAGUCCCACAUCAAGGAAGAGUGUGUCAUUCCCGUCCCGUGCUACAAACCCAGAGAAAAAAGCCCCGUGGAAGCUAAACUGCCGUGGUUGAAACAAGCGCGUGAGCUAGAAGAGACGAGAAUAGCAACAGAAGAACCAAUGUUCGUUGCGGAGCCCUGGUCCGCCUGCAGCGCCACCUGCGGGCCGGGCGUGCAGGUCCGAGAGGUCAAGUGCCGGGUGCUGCUCACGUUCACGCAGGCGGAGACGGAGCUGCCGGAGGAGGAGUGCGAGGGCCCCAGGCCGCGCACCGAGCGGCCGUGCCUCCUCCAGGCCUGCGAGGACGGCCCCGCCGAAGCCCUCCAGCCGGACGCCUCCCUCCACCACGCAGACGGUGGGAUGACUUACCACUGGGAGUACGCGGGGUUUACCCCCUGCACUGCCACCUGUUUGGGAGGCCAUCAGGAAGCCAUCGCGGUGUGCUUACACAUCCAGACCCAGCAGGUAGUCAACGACACCCUGUGUGACAGGGUCCACCGUCCUCCGGCCAUGAGCCAGGCUUGCAACACGGAGCCCUGCCCGCCCAGGUGGCACACGGGUACUUGGGGACCCUGCUCAGCUACCUGUGGUGUUGGGAUCCAGACCCGAGACGUGUACUGUCUGCACCCCGGGGAGCCCCCCGCCCCUGCUGAGGGGUGCGCAGACGAGAAGCCCCACGCCUUGCAAGCCUGCAAUCAGUUCGACUGCCCGCCUGGUUGGCACAUUGAAGAAUGGCAGCAGUGCUCCCGGACCUGUGGUGGGGGGACUCAGAACCGGAGGGUCACCUGCGGGCAGCUGUUAACCGAUGGCAGCUUUCUGAACCUCCCAGACGAGUUAUGCCAGGGACCCAAGGCAUCGUCCCGUAAGUCCUGCGCCAGGACGGACUGCCCUCCGCACCUCACCGUGGGAGACUGGUCCAAGUGUUCCGUCACUUGCGGCGCGGGCACCCAGCGCAGAGAGCAGGUAUGUCAGAGGCUGACCGCCAAGGGCCAGCGCGUCCCCCUCAGCGAGUCCUCGUGCGGCGAUCUCCCGGGGCCCCCUCUCGUGAGAGCGUGCCACAUGCCCGCGUGCAGCGAAAUGAAAGCAGAGAUGAAGACAAAACCUGGCGAGCAGGGUCCUCAGAUCCUGGGUGUGCAGAGAGUUUACAUCCAGACGAGGGAAGAGAAGCGUAUUAACCUGACGGUCGGCAGCAGGGCCUAUUUGCUGCCCAACACCUCUGUGAUCAUCAAGUGCCCGGUGCGGCGAUUCCAGAAGUCGCGGAUCCGGUGGGAGAAGGACGGCCACUGUCUGCAGAACUCCAAACGCCUGGGCGUCACCAAGUCGGGCUCCCUGAAAAUCCACAGCCUUGCAGCCCCGGACAGUGGCCUCUACCGCUGCGUCGCGGGCUCCGCCCAGGAGACUGUGGUCCUCAAGCUCAUUGGGACAGACAACCGUCUCAUCGCACCCCCGGCCCUGGGAGACGGCUCCCUGGAACUCCCGGGUGUGGACCGCUACAGAGCGGACGGUUUGGGAGCCCCGUGGCAUCCGAGCAGACAGAUGUGGAACGACAAAAAUGAGCUUCAUCGGGGCGGCAGCCCAGUGAGUCCACAGCCUUUCCUGAGGGCUCUGCUGGGACCCUGCCCCAGUUCCUCGGGCAACGCCGACUCCUGGGAGUUGAAGACUAAGCAGUUCGAGGCGGCCGUCAGACAGGGAGCCUACAGCACGGACACGGCCCAGUUUGAGGAGCUGAUAAGGAACAUGAGUCAGCUCAUGGAGACCGGGGAGAUCAGCGACGACGUGGCCUCACAGGUGAUAUAUCAGCUGGUGGCCGAGUUGGCGAAGGCCCAGCCGGCACCCCUGCCGUGGAGGGCCGCCCAGGGAGAGGUGCCUCCGGAGGCUCGGCUCGGAGGGGACACGGGGCGCGAACCUCAAAGCUCGAGCAAGCUGACGUUCAAGCCGAAGGGACCAGUUCUCUCGAGGCAAAGCCAGCCCACCUCGGUUUCGUUUAAUAAAACAGUAACUUCGAGGAUCGGAAAUACCGUGUACAUCACGAAAAAGACGGCGGUCAUCAACAUCCUGUGUGAGCUUGUCACCCCCAGUGAGGUCACCUACUCGUGGACCAAAGAUGGAGCAUUGUUACUACCCUCAGAAAAAAUAAUCUUGUCUGGAUCGGGGAAACUGCAGAUUCGGAACCCCACGAAGAAGGACCGAGGCGUCUACCAGUGCUCAGUGGCUAACCAUCUGGGUUCCGACGCGGAGAGUUCUUCGGUGCUGCACGCAGAGGCGCCUGCCAUCUCGUCCCUGGAAAGAAACGUCACCGGCACGGAGCAAGGCCCUCUGUCCACUGUGGUUGGGGGCACCCUGAAGGCAGCCCUGGGAGCAGACGUCACCAUCCACUGUCCCGUAAGAGGUGUCCCUCGGCCCACGGUUAGGUGGGUGAAGAGAGGGGGACCUCUGGGUGACAACGUCUCCGUGCUGGUCAAUGGAUCCCUGUGGCUGCAGAAUGUGUCCCUGGAGAACAGAGGAACCUAUGUCUGCAGGGCCACCAACGCGCUCGGGAAGGUGACAGCAACAUCGGCCCUGCACCUGCUGGAGCCCUUCUGGAAGCCUGGUAACUGGACACCGUGUUCUGCCACCUGUGGCCGCCAGGGAGGCCGAGCGCAGAGACCCCAGUGUGUGGUGGCCGGCGGGCAGGAAGUGGGCGAGGCCCUCUGCAGCCACCUCCAGAAGCCCCGCGCCCGGUGGCAGCCCUGCCACAUCCGGGACUGCCCCUCGAGGUGGUUCGCCAGCUCGUGGUCCGAGUGCUCCGUGUCCUGCGGCACAGGAUUCCGCGUCCGGCGCGUGGCGUGUAAGCGCACAAAGGCCAGCGGCUCCGUGUGGGCGCUGCCCGCAGCAGCAUGCGACCCCAAAGGCAAGCCUCCGGGGAGAAGACCAUGCACCAGCCACCCAUGCGUCGUCGAACCGGGGGGCCAGUGUCCUGGACGCUGCCUGAGCCAAGCGGCCGCGAGGAUACAGCAGCAUCCAGUGGUCUGUCAGCACAACAGCUCGGACUCCGGCUGCGAGGAUGGAAGAAACAGAUCUACGUCUGGGAGGGACUGCUCGCCGGGGGCCUGUGACGCGUGCUGGCACGCUGGCCCGUGGAGGCCCUGCACGGCGGCCUGCGGCCGGGGCUUCCAGUCCCGGAGAGUGAACUGUGUGCACACCAGGAGCUGCAGGCCCGUGCCCGAGAGGCACUGCCAGCCCAGGAAGAAGCCGGCGUCCUGGCAGCACUGCGGGGGGCCUUCCUGUGACAGGAACUGCACAGACACAACUUACUACUGUCCGUCUGUGAAGCAUCUCGGUCUGUGCUCGCUGGACCUGUACCGGCGGAGGUGCUGCGCAUCCUGCCGGGCCCGGUGAGCCUCGGGAGGGGCGGCCGGGCUGCUGGCUGUGAGGACGAGACGGGGCGCCCGAGCUCUCUCCGCCACGCAGCUGGUCCGCACGCGUGCAUUUCUUCAGAAACGCUGGGCCCGCCGUCCCAUCCUGGUCCAGCCCCCGCCGUGAGUCUCCUUGUUCUCCCGGACCAGCCCGACGCGCGAGCGGGACCGCCUCGGCUCCCUCUCAGCAGGCGACACCAAGGGCCACCCCUGGGAGGCCACAUCCUGCUGCUUCCCAGGACGCGCGGACGAGAUAGCGCACAGCAUCCGGGGCCUUGGGGACACCACAAGCGACCACAGCGAUGGCUUCCUCUUCUCUCGAGUGUGGCGGUUUCUGAACGUUCAUAAGGCAGUUACGUUGGUAGAAGCUCUGGCCGGCACUUCCUCCUACGUUGGCCCUUGUGGGACUUCUGUGGAUCCUUCAGUUUCAUCUGUGAGAAAAGAGACAGUCACUCUGCCCGGGCUGGAAACACCGACUGGUCCCAGGAUCGUCCAGGUGGGGGGCACCUGGUCCUCGCUCUUCGAGAACCCGCUGCCGUUUUCACAACUGCACGAACCUCCCCAAGACCCAACAAGGCCCCUUGGGAACCGAAGGAGAGCGAAGGGCAACGUUUUCUACUGACUUUGAAGUGUAGUCGACGCUGGAAGGGCUGUGAAUGAAACUUUCCGAGUGCUACUUUCUUGCACACAAACAGAAAAUGAAAGGCUGAUCACACCUAAUUUAUGCAUAAAGUGGUAUUCCUGAGGGUUUUCAUUCUGGAAAAAGUAUAAGAAAGUAAUCUAAAUAUGAAACAUGGGAGUUGAAAAAAAUUGUUGAUGGUACAUAAUUGUUUUUUAAUUGGAAUUCAUUUUUUUUUUUUUUCAGCAACUCCAAAGCGAGAUCAGAGUUAGGCUGGAAGUUACUGGUAGGCCGAGGGUUCGAGACAGGGUUUGGGGACUGCGUUUAGAGUGCGUUUUCGUUUCAGGAUUGGGUUUGGUUGGAUUGGAAGUGGAGUUAGGGUUGCGGCUGAGGGACCGAGGGCUGGGGCCAGGUCGGCUCAGACUCGGGUUGGGUUCCCUCAGGCCAGCGCUGGCGUCAGGGGUGACGUCCAGGUUUGGAGUCAGCGUUGCUGCCGAAUAGUUUGGGUGUCGCCGUAAACCGUCCGUUCUGAGGCUGGUUUAACACGUUACAGGGCUCGGUCCCGCACGUUGCACCAGGUACGGCUUUCGCUGUCCCACAACCCAAAAUAAGUGUUCCUGCGUCUUCAGUUCAUUGUCCCAGCAGCCUGUACCCACGACAGCAAAGGGACCCGAGGAAGCGGGCAGCACCGGAUCUCAUCCCUGGUCACUCGUAAGUGAGCGGCACGUUUGGCUUGUCUGUGGACACCCUCACUGGGUCUCUGCACCGGGUCCGAGUGUCGGGGCCCCCCCACUUCAGCCUCGCCGACACUGUGAUGAACACUACUGUACGUGGAGGGGCGGCGGCCGCGAUGGGACGGGGGCGUGGCUCGGACGCGCCAGCCCCGCACCUCACCGAGCAUCAGUCCGCACUUGACUGUGGAAGGUUUUUAAAUUAAGAGAGAGACCGUUUUGUAAGAUACUCUUUGUAUAUACUUUAUAGGACUUAAAGGUGCAAUAUUUUAUUUUGUACAGUGUGUAAGAAAGACAUGGGGCAUAUAUUUUUCUUAUUAACAGAAUUUCUUAUUGAGUAGAUUCACCUUUGUAUUUAAAAUUGCU